AUGAUGGCCGAAAGAGUUGAAAGAGUCUCGGACCUUCCUCCUUGCAAACGACACAUUACGACACACGAUGCCGAGGGCAAAAGCGUUUACACCAAAUCUCCACCACAGCAGUACAUACCCGUUGGAGAGAUCGGGGGAAUGGCUCGCUCAUAUGCAGUGGCUUCUGUCCCUGCGAAAUUGGCAGAUGAUGCAGACAUGAAGGCAUACCUGGGCCAGGAUGCAGUCACUAGCUGGUAUCAACCAUCGAUCGUCACACCUAACGGCGCCAAUCUUUUAGUUGUGGAUCUGGCACCAGGGGCAGCGAGCAUGAUGCAUCAGACAGUGUCCAUUGACUUUUCCAUCUGCACCGUCGGCGAGAUUGAACACGAGCUCGAUAGCGGAGAGACCGUACUGCUGAAGCCGGGGGACCAUAUUGUUCAACGAGGGACCAAUCAUCGAUGGCGUAACGCCUCUCAAAUAGAACCAGCUCGUUUUGUCGCCGUCACAAUCUCAUGCGAGCCGUUUGAUAUUGCUGGCAAAAUGCUCGAAGAGAUACACGUGCCUUGAGCCCGGUGAUGACUUCAGAGCUUGGGUAGUCAAGCUCGGUAUCU